AUUAAAAUAGUGCUGAAUUAUUCACUUUUAUUCAUACAGCUACCCCCACAAAGUAUCAGGAAGUGCCAAAUGAAGGCAGCAGUUCUUACGUCGAACGUCAUUAGGUCCCGCAAUGCCCUGAUAACUACAUUCCAAAGGUCGGCAUGGUUUUCAAGGACUUGGAUGAUGCUAUUUGUUUCUAUCGUGCUUAUGCUGCUGAGGCGGGGUUUGAUGUGCGCAAGACUACCACUACAAAGAAAGAGGGCUCUAUUGUUUGGCAAUACGUUGUAUGUAGCCGCGAGGGUAAAAAACAUGUCCCCACAAUCUCCCACAAUGAUGCAUCACAUGACAUUGGACAGGCUGCAUUAUCUAAACCUGGGAGAAGAAGACGCAUUUCUAAGCGUAUAGGCUGUAUGGCACGUGUUGCAUUUCGCAUCCUUGGACAUGAUGGUUACGUUCUCAGCAUAUUCGAAGAACAGCACAACCAUCCUCUCACUUCUCUCCCUUACAGGCCAUUUUUGAAGAUCAACAGGAACAUUGAUCUAGGCCAUAAGAAGUUCAUACUCAACUGUGCUAAACCGAACAUUGGUACCAUGAAAUCAUACCGACUUUUCAAGGAGUCCGUUGGUGGGUAUUCAAGUGUUGGUGCUACUACUGUGGACUUCAAAAACUUCAAACGCGAUUUGAAGGCCUAUAUUGCCGGUGGAGAUGCUCAAAUGGUCAUUGACAAAUUAUUCCGAAAAUCAGAAGUAUGCCCUGGAUUUAGGAAAAGCUACUCCCUGUUUGGUGAUGUUGUCUCCUUUGAUGCCACAUAUCAAACCAACAGGUACAUGAUGAUAUUCGCUCCGUUCACUGGUGUCGACAACCAUAAAAAGUGUGUGACAUUCGGCUUUGGCUUGCUGUCAAGCGAGGACGCUCAGUCAUAUUCAUGUGAGUAUGCUUCCGAGUAUCAGAUCAGCGAUGUAAGUGGGAUGAUAUCAACUGUCCGCUACUGUGAACGUGAUGGGACCACGCAUUGCAGUUGCAAAAACUACGAACGCAUUGGCUUGCUAUGCAGGCACAUCUUUGUUGUUUUCAAAAACCUGAAAAUAGAAAAGAUCCCCGACUUCUAUGUUACCAACCGGUGGUGCAAAUUCCACUUGCUCAAACCAAUGUUCGAUGUCGGUGGCUCAGAAAUGGACAAGGUAUCAUUUACGGAUCAAAAUAAGACUCUUGUUUCUCGAUUGAUGUCAGACAUCCACUUUUGUAUUGCCUUGGUGGAACACACCCCUGAUUUGCUACUGACCUUUUCCAACACUAUAAAUCAGCACAAAGAGGCCCUAAUCGACAAACUUCAAGAUGGCAAACUAUCAUCUGACACAUCAUUGGUGUUUGAAAACUUUUGUGGCACUUCUGCACCUUCAGAAGUUCGUGUAUUACCCCCUGUCCAAGUAAGUACGAAGGGCAGCGGUAAGCGUAUCAAAGGAGGAAAGGAAGUUAGCAUUGAAGAAUCAAAGAAAACCAAACGCUUGUGUCGGACAUGCAAAGAAUAUGGCUUCCACGACGUCAGGAACUGUCCUAUGAACCAUGAGAAGUGAUAAGUCUGUUUUCCUGUUCCACUUUUAUUGUUUAUUAAAUUUUCUGUUAUUUU